CGGAUGAUUGCCUACCGUGUCUCGUAUUUACGCUUUGGUAAACACAUAUGUGAGAAAAGAAGUAUUUGACCUACAUGCCGCAGAAGACGUCUUUAAUGCAGUAAUGCAUAUCCUGAUAUCAGCCUUCGCAUGCGUUUGCGUCUGAUUUUAUUCUAUUUCUGUUAAAUAACAUGUUGAACGUAAUGAAGUUGAAAAUCGUGCUUUUGCUGCAUAUAUUGUUAGGUGUAAAUGAAGGGAUUUCCGAUAGUCCGUUUAUAGACAGAAAAGAGGCAAGCAGAUUCCUUGGUCGAACAAAAAGAAGUAACUCAUUUUGGGAAGAAAUAAAAUCUGGAAAUCAGGAGCGGGAGUGUAUUGAAGAAGAUUGUUCAAUGGAAGAAGCUUACGAAGUUUUUGAUAAUAAUUUUAAAGCGAACCAAUUUUGGAAGAAGUAUUUGAGAUGCAAUCAAGCUCUUCCGCGGCGUUAUAAACAACAAGGAAAGAUAAGAAUUGCGCGCCAGGCCUCACGACGAAGCGAAAGGGAAAACGUGAAGUUGAGAGCUUGUAUUUCAGACGAAGACCAAUGCAAUCCUUUUCCUUGCGUUCGCUCAAAUACGGCAGAAUGUGUCGACACAGUCAGUUCCUUCAAAUGUGUUUGUAAGAAUGGUUUUGCCGGAAGAAAAUGCGAAAGUCCGCUGAACGAAUGUCUCAGCAAUCCUUGUCAAAAUUCUGCAAUCUGUGAGGAUGAAAUAGGAGGUUUUACAUGUUUUUGUGAUUCAAAUCACGAAGGCAUUUUUUGCGAAAUAGAGGUCAACGACUGUAGGAACACGGUUGAAAAACAAUGCAGUGCAGUGGGUGGUAUAUGUCAACAACGUGACGCAGGAGAUGCAUAUACAUGCGUAUGUAACCCUGGUUAUCAAGGCGAACUUUGCAAACAUGACGUUGAUGAAUGCCUGAAUUCGACCUCAUGUGAACAAGAAUGCCAUAACACUGUGGGAAGUUUCACAUGUACCUGUGGACACGGAUUUCUUAUAGAUACAACUACACGAACCACUUGCAAAGAUAUAGACGAAUGUAAUGACGUAUCACACGGUUGCAUAUCCCAGGAUUUCUGUCACAAUACUCCUGGAAGUUUCUAUUGCACUUGUAAGCACGGCUUUCAACUGGAUGAAACUUAUAGACGAUAUUGUGAUGACAUUGACGAGUGUGCUGACGAAAACGGGGGUUGUCCUAUAAUUGAAGGAGGUUGUGGACUAAAUGGAAAAACUUGUAAAACCUGUAAUAAUUUCGACGGAGGUUUUAAUUGCUAUUGUCCAUCGGGAUUCAAUAGUUAUGUAGAAGGCGGGGAUUGCACGGACAUAAAUGAAUGUGAGUCCAGCUAUCAUGGCUGUCAACAAAAAUGUGAAAAUUUCCCAGGUGGAUACAGGUGUUUAUGUAGUGAAGGAUACAUGUUGAACUUCAAUGGCAAGACAUGUUCAGAUAUCAACGAAUGCCUAAAGGAUCAUGGGUGCUCAUAUCGAUGCAGUAACAAUGUUGGAUCAUAUUAUUGUACCUGUAAAAGAGGAUUUGAAUUAGACGACGACCAGCGAACUUGCAUCGAUACAGACGAAUGUCAAGGGGUAACAAAAUGUGAUCAAACAUGUAUAAACACCGAUGGUGGAUAUAAAUGUGGAUGUAAUCCUGGAUACAGAUUACUUGGCAAAUACAAAUGUUCGGAAAUUGACGAAUGUCGUCCAAGACCUUGCGGUAAUAAUGGAAAUUGCAUUGAUGAAGUGAAUGGAUAUCGAUGUGAAUGCUUUGAGGGAUUUACAGGAAAAUUAUGCGAUGUCGGAACAGAUCCAUGUGCAGGAGAUCCGUGCCUAAAUUCCGGUGUUUGUUCAGCAUUUGACUCCGGGUACGUUUGCCGUUGUGCCCAUGGCUAUAUUGGACCCCGUUGUCAAACUAAACAUAUUGAGAUGUGUGAAAUUGGUUAUCGAAGAGAAGACGGGCAAUGUAUUGAUAUAGAUGAAUGCGCUGAAACGACAGGACUGUGUCAACAAAUCUGCCACAACACCAAGGGUUCAUAUACUUGCACAUGUGAUGCUGGAUUCAAUAUGAACGGAUUGAAUUGUGAAGAUAUCGACGAAUGCUUGAAUAGUCCUUGUCAGCAAGUUUGUACGAAUUCGAUCGGGUCGUAUGACUGUAGUUGUAGUGAAGGUUAUUCAUUAAAUGAAAGUGAUGACACUUGCGAAGAAUUGUUUGCAUGCGUUGGAAAUUCACCGCAGAUGUUGCCAGAAAAACAUUUUCUGUUGGGAACAAGGAAAAUCGAUUAUAUUUCACAAACCUUCGUCGAAAGCAGCAGCUCGUUUCAAAUUGGCUUCGAUUUUCGUACAUUCGAUACUGAUGGAAUGCUUGUUGCAGUUGUAUGUAGUGAUGUUGAGCAGCACUACAUUUUCUUGCUUCAUGCGGAUGGACAGCUCACACUCGCCGCAUUUGUAUCUUGGCCGCCGAAGAUAGAAAUUACCAAACCGAAAAAUGCUCUUGUUUUGUCUGACGGACAAUGGCACAGUAUAAUUCUCCGAAAAAGAAAAAAUCGUGUGACGGUUAUGGAAGGCAAAAAUAAGUUACUUGAUCUCAAAUUCAUGAAAAACAAAUUUGGAAGUGCAGGUCAAAUAUAUUACGGUGGCAUUCCUGGAGAUGUAACAGUGCCAACGACGAUCAGGGAUACGGAUCUGUACUUUCAAGGAUGCUUGAAAGGUAAUUACACACAUGGUUUCACCAUUGCGGGCGAUAGCAAAAUGCCAGGAAUUCACAAUGGAUGUUUUGAAUCGAUUGAAAAAGGAAUGUAUUUUGAUGGAUCAGGAUUUCUACACCAAAGCGUUGAGUUGCAAACUAAUUUGCGAAUGAGAUUUGAAUUCAAAUCAUUAUCGGCCCAAGGAGUGAUUAUAUUCGCUGAAGAUGCACUCAGAAGUAGAUUCUCUGUGACGAUUGCUGGAAACCAGAUUAUUGCAAGUUUGACAACUUCCAGGAAUGAAACCCGUUCAAGCACGUUUACCACAAGUAACGGUGAAUUAUUAUGCGAUCAAAUUUGGCAUAUUUGUGACUUCACAAUAACAUCAAAUAUGGUGCGACUUCAUGUGGAUGGGGUAGCUGCCGGACAAGAUAACAUUUCAGAUUCGAAAAGGGUCCAAUUUACUGGUCUUGUCGACCUUUACAUCGGCGGCCGUCCAGGUGCUACAUCAAGGAGUUCGUAUACAGGAAGCCUUCGUAAUAUAAAAAUAAACCGCAAGGAUCUGAGCCUUGAUAAUAUAGUAGAGAUGAAUGGUGUCCGCUUGCAUUCUAUACCAGCAUUAUAGAACCGACUCGGAGAUGGCGAUUAGCGUAUAUUACGCUUGAGGAGCCAAUCACAUGAGCGAUGCUAAUCAAAGUCAAUCAUCGAAUAUUCUUGACGAAAUCUCGCGUUUUUAUAUGUUAAAUGUUAUUCUGCAAGCUUUUUCGAAUUUUCAAUUAAAUAUCGGACAAAUGUAAAUGGUUAUUUAUGUAUACAA